AUGUCGCAAUACUACGGAGAAUCGCAGUGGCCUGGCGCUGGGCCUGCUACCGCUACUCCCCCGCCGUCCACUUGGGAUCACCAAACUCCGCCGCCUCCCCCUGCUCGAUCCGGCGCCAGCUCUGUCAUCCCGCGCGAGGAUUCGGCUGCUUUCUCCAACCAAAUCGAUGAGGUCGAGCGAGCCAUCGACAAUCUGGUCAAGAGCGGAAAGAUGUUUGGCCAACCUGGCAGACAUGGCCGAGGCGCCUCAGGACAACACGGCCCGCGACAUGCCUCCGCCGAAUUCGGUGACCCACGCACGGGAGGCGGUCACUCUGGUCCGAACCUGCAGAACUUCUAUGCCGCGCAACGACACCAAUCCUCGCGUGGCUCCAACGAGGCGGAGCAGAUGAUGCAGGCCAAGCGGAGGAUGGCAGCUCAACGGGAGCGAGAGCUUCGCAACUAUCAUCAGGAGCAGCAAUAUAACCGAAAUGUCCUCGCUGAUGUGUCCUACAAUGGCAAGCCUGACCGCACCCUGAGCCCCAACAACAGCUUGCCCGACGAUGAGCGACGAGAGGUGGUCGCCCGCCAACGUCCUGCAAUGUACGAGGGUCAAUACGAUGACGCUGGUGCCAACCGGGUUGGAAUGCAAGGCCUGCCACCUGCUUCAGCUGGACAACGCGGUCCCUCGCCCCUGGCAUACGACUAUCGACGACCCAGCGUGGCCACCGCCCCCGGAAACCCUGGUGAUGGCCGCGUCUCUCGUGCCAACAGCAACGCUAGCCCUCAGUCAAACACACCAACCAACAUGGGAAUGUUUGAUAAUGCCGUCAACCAACAGGCCACCCGUACCAGCAACUCGUCGCCGACGGGUGGAUCGCCUCCUCGAGCCGGUGAGACCCCCAAGUCCGGUCAGACUGGCAACACAGUGGCCCCCAUCGGUACUCGACCCUUGGGAAACUCGCAAGCGCCGAACCCAGCGCUGAACAAGAGAUCUACCACUCCUCUUCGCUCGCCGCUGAGUCAUGGCUUCUCUGCGUCGGGUAAUGGUGACGACAUGGGACAGGGUGUAGCAACAUCUGGUGUCCCUUCGAACCCUCCUAGCGCCUCAGCCGAAGGCUACAACGGGUGGGGUAGCCGCUCCGGCGUCUGGGGAAACAAGUCAAACUUGGGUGUUCAGGCGAGUGUCUGGGGCUAG